CACGGUCCUGCCGGCUGCAGACUGAGCGCUCAGGAGGAGCGUGUUUGUGGAAGCAGCAACACGCCGCUCUUGUCUUUCCACCGGAACAAAAUUGACUCCGCAGAGUGGCUUAAAAAAAAAAAUACAAUUGUAACCCUAACCCUACUUGGCACUCCGCCAUCUGUGGACCGACUGAGGGUGUCUGCAACCCGUCUGCAAGAACCCGCUACCGGGGGAUUAAGCGCUGAAUGUGAGGAUGUACCACGGACGAAGCGCUCUACCAGACCACCCUAAGGACCGGAUUCUCAGGGAGUUUCUAUUUCCCGGUAAUCAGGGCGGAUUUUUAGUCCGAGUGGAGCCCCGUCAACCUUCCCCGGUCUCGGAGCUACUCUGACAGGUCAGGUCAACUUUCCUCAUCUCUUCUUCAGACCGAAGAAGGUGUUUGCCGGUUCCAGGUUCCAGACGGAUAUGUGGACCAGCUUGUCCACGGGAUACCAAAAAAAAGCAGCUGUGUCGAGUUAGGACUUGGUUGGGGGAGAGGAAAGGGAAAUAUUUGUGGAGGGAGCCCCAGACCUUGGAGUUUGGAUGGAGGGAAUCCCUGGACCGACCGUCUAGUUAGCAAUCAGGGUCACCACCAGGUUCUCUGUGGGAGUUUUCCAUGUGGAUAUCAGACUGAAAGACCUUUUUAAUCCCUGGACCGACCGCCUAGUUGGCAAUCAGGGUCACCAGCAGAGUUUUCCAUGUGGAUAUCUGACUGAAAGACCUUUUUAAUCCCUGGACCGACCGCCUCGUUGGCAAUCAGGGUCACCAGCAGAGUUUUCCAUGUGGAUAUCUGACUGAAAGACCUUUUUAAUCGCUGGACCGACCGCUCCGUUAGCAAUCAGGGUCGCCGCCAUGUUCUCUGUGGGAGUUUUCCAUGUGGAUAUCUGACUGAAAGACUUUUUUAAUCCCUGGACCGACCGCCUCGUUGGCAAUCAGGGUCACCAGCAGAGUUUUCCAUGUGGAUAUCUGACUGAAAUACCUUUUUAAUCGCUGGACCGCCCGCCUCGUUGGCAAUCAGGGUCACCGCCAGAGUUUUCCGUGUGGAUAUCUGACUGAAAGACCUUUUUACAGGGGGUGCCACUCCCGGCCUUGGUAUUCAUCCUAAGUAUCGACAAGAAACGCUCAUAAAGGAUUGAUCAGCAGGAUGGAGGUGGUAUGGACAGGUGGUGGGCCGUAGGAGUCCAACAUGUCCCACCCUGUCCGUCCCACCUGUCGCCUGGACCCGCACCAAAGUUUGCCCGCUGGAAGUCCCCGCGGCCAAAAGCCGGAAUAAGCACCCGCUUUUUGACCCGUUCUUCAUUCUUUGCCACCGAAACCGCCGUCAUUUUCUCCAGCGGGUCCUUGGGCGCCUCGCGACGCCCGCCGCGCCCCAUCGUCCCCUCCGCCGCCGCCCUGGGGGGACGGGGGUCCAUGGAUUGGACCAUGGGUGGCGGGUGCCGCUAUCCGUCGCCUACGAUGCCCGAGCGGGAGCGGCGCUACCACCACAAGGUAUCUCUGGUGGUGCGCUACUUCAUGAUCCCCUGCAACAUCUGCCUGAUCCUGCUGGCCACGUCCACCCUGGGCUUUGCUGUGCUCCUCUUCCUCAACAACUACAAACCUCCUCACUUCACGCCCCAGCAGCCUCCCGACGGCUGCCGAGGGAAGCUGUGCGGCUUCGGCGCCGUCUGCGAGCGCGACCCUGGGGACCCCGCCGAGGCCCGCUGCGUGUGCAAAAGGGUGGACUGCCCGUCUCUGGUGGCGCCCGUCUGCGGCUCCGACUCGUCGACGUACUCCAACGAGUGCGAGCUGGAGAAAGCCCAGUGUCAGAGCCAGCGACGCAUCAAGGUGCUGCGCAAGGGCCCCUGCUCUCUGAGAGACGCCUGCACACAGGUGAGCUGCAGCUACGGCAGCACCUGUGUGCAGUCCUCAGACGGCCUGUCGGCCAAGUGCAUGUGUCCUCUGGGCUGCGGGGGCAGGAAGGCCCAGACGGUGUGCGGCAGCGACGGGAAGGACUACGGCAGCGAGUGUGAGCUGCAUGAGUAUGCCUGCAAGAACCAGAGGAACAUCAGACUGCAGCACCAGGGACCGUGUGACCCUUGCAAAGACAGCGAGAACAGCCUAAACACGAUGUGCAGGGUGGAGGCGCUCACCCGCCGCCCGCACGUCUUCGGCUCGCCCGACUCCUGCCCCCCGGCGGGCGAGCCGCUGUGCGCCAGCGACGGCCAAACGUACCCGAGCGAGUGCGCCAUGAAGGCCACCGGGCUGCAGAAGGGCAUCAAACUCCGGAAGCUUCACGCCGGCUGGUGCAGAAAACUGGAGGAAUGCGAGGAGGAGUGCAUCUUCAACGCGGUGUGUGUGGUGGAGCAGCCCACCUCGCGAUGCUCCUGUGAGCCCCUGGAGUGUGAUGGCACCUACAGGCCUGCCUGCGGCGAGGACGGCCGCACGUAUGGCAACGACUGCGUGCGGCGGAAGGCCGAGUGCCACGCCAAGACCCGCAUCCCCGUCAAGCACGCUGGGCCUUGUGAUCUGGACGCGCCCAGCCCCUGCGUGGACAAGGUGUGCCAGCACGGCGCCGUGUGCGUGGUGAAGAACGACCAGCCCGUGUGCGAGUGCCCUGAGGCCUGCCCGCAGACGUCCGACCCCGUGUGCGGCUCCGACGGGCACAGCUACGGCAGCCCCUGCGAGAUGCGCGCCAUGGUCUGCACCCUGCAGAAGACCAUCCACAUCCAGCACAAGGGACCCUGUGAUGAGUCCUGCACCAACUGCUCCUUCGGGGCCAUCUGUGAUGUCCAGACUCAAACCUGCGUGUGUGCCACCGAGUGUGUGGACUCCCACCAGCCCGUCUGUGGCAGCGACAGCACCACCUAUGGCAGCGAGUGUGAACUGCACGUGCACGCCUGCAGAACACAAACGGACCUCCAAGUGGUCAGCCAGGGAGAGUGCAAGAGCUGUGGCCACAUGGUGUGUUCCUGGGGAGCUCGCUGUGUCCAGAGCAAGUGUGAGUGCCCGCCGUGCUCGGACCCCUCCUUCUCCCCCGUCUGCGGGAGCGAUGGCGCCACCUACCAGAACCAGUGCGAGCUGCGCCUGUCCUCCUGCCAGCAGGAGAGGAGCAUCCAGGUGGUGAAGGCCGGCAGCUGCGAUGAAGAUUGUGGCUCAGGAGGAUCCGGUUCUGGUGCUGAGAACUGCGAGCUGGACCAAUGUCGCCUGUUUGGAGGCUUGUGGGAUGAGGACGCAGAGGAAGACCGCUGCUUGUGCGACUUCACCUGCCACACUGUGCCCCAAGCCCAGGUCUGUGGCUCUGACGGCAAAAGCUACAAGAACGAGUGCGAGCUGAAAAAGUCCAGAUGUGAGAAACGGGAGCACUUGACCCUUCGCCACCUGGGAGCCUGUGAAGCCCUUUCAGCCACGCCGCUGCCCGAGCCCGCCGUCCCCCAGCACUGCGCCACGUCCGUCUACGGGUGUUGCCUGGACAACGUCACCGCCGCCCUGGGAGUUGGACUGGCAGGAUGUCCAAGCAGGUGCCAGUGCAACGUGUACGGCGCCUACCAAGCGACGUGCCAGCCCAGCAGCGGGCAGUGCUCCUGCAAGCCGGGCGUUGGCGGCCAGAAGUGCGACCGCUGCGAGCCCGGCUUCUGGAACUUCCGAGGCAUCGUGACGGAGAACAUGAGUGGAUGCACGCCCUGCAGCUGCGACUCCAACGGGUCUGUGCGCGACGACUGUGAGCAGAUGUCGGGUCUGUGCUCCUGCAAAGCCGGCGUGAAGGGUAUGAAGUGCAACGUGUGUCCCGACGGAAGCAAGAUGGCCGCCAACGGCUGUGACAAAGGUCCGCAGGCUCCCACUUCCUGUGAGCAGUUACUCUGUGGUUUUGGAGCGUCUUGUGUGGAAGUCAACCAGCAGGCCCACUGUGAGUGUCCCUCACCCGACUGUGACCACCUCAACAAGACCAAGGUGUGCGGCUCAGACGGGGUGACCUACGCUGACCAGUGCCAGCUGAGGACCAUCGCCUGCAGGCAGGACAAGGACAUCACCGUGCAGCACAUUGGACAGUGCACAGAGAUACUCUCCGAGCGGGCGGAGCUGCCCACCCCGACCCCCAGCGCCACAACGCCGGCCCCCCCCUUCCCCAGUAACCAGGUGUGGGCCCUCCCGCCCCCGAGAACGGACCAGACCUCGGCGCCGCCCCCCGCCACCGCGCCCCCGCCCGCCAUCACCCACCGCCGUGCGCAAACAAACCACCGCCACCACUCCAUCCACACCCAGCCUCAGCCGCCGCGCUCCACCACCGCAUCUCACGCUAGCCCCGCCCCCUCCGCCGCCGCCAAGACUCUGGACGGAUCGGGCAGCGGGGAGCCGAGCGGAGACGACCAGGAAGAGGAAGUGGGCAGCGGCGUGCCGGCGGAGGCCAGCGGGGCAGAGGAGCCUUUGGGUGCCACAACAUCAAGCAGUUCCAUACCCGCCGCUGACCACGCCCCGUCAUGUGACACCUCGGACUUUGGUUGCUGUCCUGACGGCGAGACCGCGUCAAAUUCAUCGGAAGGAUCCAACUGUCCACCCACGGUGAAGUUCAGCGGCUUCCUGCACUUGGACCAGGUGGAGGGCCAGGAGAUGUUCUACACCCCCGAGAUGGAGGACCCCAAGUCCGAGCUCUUCGGAGAGACGGCUCGCAGCAUUGAGAGCGCCCUCAAGGACCUGUUCAGGAAGUCGGAGGUGCGCAGGGACUUCAUGAGCGUGCGCGUGCGUAACCUGGCGCCCAGCAACUCCAUCCUGGCCUUUGUGGAGGCUCACUUCAGACCAGACACCAAGUACUCUGUGGAGGACAUCGAGGGAGCGCUGAUCAAACAGCUGAAGGUGUCCAAAGAGACCAGCAUCGCCGUCAAGAAGCCGGUGGACCAGAAUAUUCGCUUCAACAACUAUGGCGUCUCCCCCACACCCUUCUACACCACCACCACCGCCUCAGUCACCACUCCCCCCACCACCACCACCACCACCAGACGCCCAAUCACGUCCCCCUACGUCACCCGUCGCCCCCCGGGCACCACCCGCAGGCCCGGCACCAGCAGACGCACCACCACCACACCGCCUCCGCCCGUCACCACAGCGACAGCGACGCCCGCCGCCGCCACCCCCGUGGUCCCUCUUGUGGGCGAGGGUGCACACAGGGCCCCCAGACCCUGCCAGUCCCACCCGUGUCUUCACGGGGGCACCUGCGAGGAUCACGCCCACCACUUCACCUGCAAGUGUCCUGCUGGGCGAGGAGGAGCGGUGUGUGAGCAAGCCAUGAAGUUCUUCAUCCCGUCCUUCGGAGGUCAGUCCUACUUGGCCUUCCAGACCAUGAGUGCCUACCACACGGUGCGCAUCGCCAUGGAGUUCCGUGCGGCCAAGCUGACGGGCAUCCUGCUCUACAACGGCCAGGAGGGCAAGAAGGACUUCAUCUCAUUGGCGCUGGUCAACGGCAAAGUGGAGCUCAGGUUCAACACAGGAUCAGGGAGCGGUGUGCUGCUCAGCAAGGUGGAGGUGACAGUGGGUGUGUGGCACCAUCUGGUGGUGACACGUAAUCGUCGCAGUGCCAUGUUGAGUGUGGACCAGGAGCCUCACGUGUCAGGAGAGUCUCCCAGAGGAACUGAUGGACUCAACCUGGACACUCACCUCUUUGUGGGAGGAGUUCCUGACGACAUCAUGCAAGACGUCCAGGAGAGGACGGCCGUGGCCUCGGGCCUGAUGGGCUGCAUCCGCCUGCUGGACGUCAACAACCGCGUUUUGAGUCUGCAGGAGAGCGGCGGCGACAGUCUGUACGGCAGCGGCGUGGGCGAGUGCGGCAACAACCCCUGCCUGCCCGACCCCUGCAAGAACGGCGCUGCCUGUCAAGUGAAGGAAGCCGAGAUGUUCCACUGUCAGUGCAGCAAAGGAUACUGGGGUCCCACUUGUGCCGACGUCCAUGACCCGUGCCAGCCCGACAGGUGCCACCCGUCCUCCCAGUGCCAGGCGCUGCCCGAGGGAGGCUACAGGUGCGAGUGCCCCAUGGGGCGCCAGGGGAGGCACUGCGAGCAAGUGGCGGAAAGGGGCGGAGCUUACAUGCCGUCCUUUAAUGGAGACUCCUACCUGGAGCUGGAGGGUCUUCAUCGCUACGGCCAUGAUCUACGCCAGAAGGUCAGCAUGACCUUGGUCCUCAUGGCCAACAACUCAGACGGCAUCAUUUUCUACAACGGCCAGAAGUCCGACGGGAAAGGAGACUUCAUCUCCUUGUCGCUCAAUCGAGGAUUCCUGGAGUUCCGAUACGACCUCGGCAAGGGACCUGCCACCAUCAGGAGCAAGGAGGCGCUGCAGCUGCACGUGUGGAACAUCAUCAACUUGGAGAGAUCUAACCGCAAGGGCGAGAUGACGGUGAACAAGAAGGAUGCCGUGAGAGGAGAGGCGCCGAAAUCACGAAAGAACCUCCACGUGGACUUGAACCUGAAGGAGUCGCUCCUAGUGGGCGGAGCUCCUGACUACAGUCGACUCGCCAGAAGCGCGGCGCUCACAGAAGGAUUUGUGGGAACCAUCCAGAAGAUCCUUCUAAUGGGCACGCCCAUCCUGCGAGAGGAGAACGCCCUGCGCUCCCAGAACCUGCUCAUGUCCCAGCAGCACCCGUGUGCCAGGGCGCCGUGCCACAAUGGCGGGCGCUGCAGCCCGCAGAUGGACACGUACGAGUGCGUGUGUCUCAGCGGCUACUCCGGCGGACAUUGCCAGAACACCAUUUACGAGAAGUCUGCCGGCACGGAGACGGAGGCCAUCGCCUUUGACGGCCGCACCUUCAUCGAGUACCACAACGCCGUCACCAGGAGCCAACUGACCAAUGAGAUUCCAGAUCCCCAGUCUGGCAAGAAGCCUUCAGACCAGAGUGAGAAAGCUCUGCUGGUCAACAAGUUGGAGCUGAGCGUGCGCACGGAGGCGACACACGGCCUGCUGCUGUGGAGCGGCAAGGCGGUGGAGCGCUCCGACUACCUGGCGCUGGCCAUCGUGGACGGCCGCGUGCAGAUGACCUAUGACCUGGGCUCCAAGCCGGUGGUGCUGCGCUCUUCGGUGCGCGUGGACAACAACCACUGGACGCGCAUCAAAGCCAGCAGAGCACUACGGGACGGAUCGCUACAGGUGGGAAACGAGGCCGCCGUGACGGGAUCAUCGCCUCUCGCCGCCACGCAGCUGGACACUGAUGGAGCUUUGUGGUUAGGCGGCCUGGAGGAAGCGGCGGCGGCUCGCCGGCUGCCCAAGGCCUACAGCACGGGCCUGGUGGGCUGCAUCAAGGACGUGGUGGUGGACGGAGUGGAGCUUCACCUGGUGGAGGACGCCCUGAACAGCCCCCAAAUAUUGCAAUGUCCCGCAGCCAAAUGAGGAUGACAAAUAAGGAAUAAAUACAGGAAAACCCUUCUUCACGCCCUCCAUAGCACCUGCUGUAAUUAUUUUCUAUUUUUGUAUACUUUUCAUGGCUUUUUAUAUGUUUGUUUUUCUUUUGAUCCGCAGCUCCGUUUUCACGCUCUUCCCCUUUUCAAAUCCUUUUGUUCUUUUUCAAUCCCCAAAUAACGACUUUAAUUUUUUUUUUUUAAUUACUUCAAUCACGGUGCCAUAUCAUUUUUCAAACAUCCAAUAAUAAGUGCAACACAGCAUUUAUUUUCAAAAUAAAACACUACAUUCCACCAUUCGCUCAUGUGAAAAUAACAUUAAAAGUAAUAAUCACUUCUGUUGUUUUUCAUCUCAUAGAGCCAGAAAAAAUAUGUAAAAUAUAUUUUAAAGCUGUAUUUUGCUCUCUGACAUGAAUCCUAAACAUUCAUCGAAUAUUCUAAAUAAUUAUAAAGUUUAUAAAUGACCACUAAUAAUAAAAAUAAUAAUAAUGCAUGCAAUUCUUCUUUUUUAAUUUUAUUUUGAAACCACGCAAAACCCUUCAAAAAACAUGUUUUUGUCUGAUUUUAUUUCCAGUUAGUCACUUUAUUAUUAUUAUUAUUAUUAUUAUUGUUCUGUAUUUCCCUCUCUGACACGAAUCCAAAACAUUAAGAAAAUAUUUUAAAUAAUUAUAAAGUUUAUAAAUGACCACUAAUAAUACAAUUAUUUAAUAAUAAUGAUGCAAUUCUGCUUUUUUAAUUGUAUUUUAAAACCAUGCGAAACCCUUCAAAAAACAUGUUUUGUCUGAUUUUUUUUUUCCAUUUAGUCACUUUAUUAUUAUUAUUAAUAUUAUUGUUCUGUAUUUCCCUCUCUGACAUGAAUCCAAAACAUUAAGAAAAUAUUUUAAAUACUUAUAAAGUUUAUAAAUGACCACUAAUAAUACAAAUAAUAAUAAUGCAUGUAAUUCUGCUUUUUUUAGUUUAUUUUAAAACCACGCAAAACCCUACAAAAAACAUGUUUUUGUCAGAUUUUAUUUCCAGUUAGUCACUUUAUUAUUAUUAUUAUUUUUAUUAUUAUUGUUCUGUAUUUCCCUCUCUGACACAAAUCCAAAAUAUUAAGCAAAUAAUUUAAAUAAUUAUAACGUUUAUAAAUGACCACUAAUAAUAAAAAUUAUUUUAUAAUGAUGCAAUUCUGCUUUUUUAAUUGUAUUUUAAAACCACGUGAAACCCUUCAAAAAACAUGAUUUUGUCUGAUUGUAUUUCUAGUUAGUCACUUUAUUAUUAUUAUUAUUAUUAUUGUUGUUCUGUAUUUCCCUCUCUGACACGAAUCCUAAACAUUAAGAAAAUAUUUUAAAUAAUUAUAAAGUUUAUAAAUGACCACUAAUAAUAAAAAUUAUUUAAUAAUAAUGAUGCAAUUCUGCUUUUUUAAUUGUAUUUUAAAACCACACGAAACCCUUCAAAAAACAUGUUUUUGUCUGAUUUUAUUUCCAGCGAGUCACUUUAUUAUUAUUGUUAUUAUUGUUCUGUAUUUUCCUCUCUGACAUGAAUCCUAAACAUUAAUCAAACAUUUUAAAUGAUUAAAAAGUUUAUAAAUAACAACCUUUACAGAACUCAUGAUGACUACUAAUAAUAAAAAUAAUAAUCAUAAUAAUAAUGCAUGUGAUUCUGUAUUUAUUUUCUUUUAACCACGCGACACCCUUCAAAAAACAUGUUUUUGUCUGAUUUUAUUUCCAGUUAUUGACUUUAUUAUGAUUAUUUUUGUUGUGGGUGUAAAACAGUCGGGCGCCCUCGCAAAGGAGAGACUGACUCUAUCCUGCCCGGCAACAGCGACUCAUCAAUGUGAAGAAACACAAAAAAAGGCCUAAUUUGCAGUUGUUUUUCCCUCUGGAAAUAUGCAUAAAGAUAUAUUCCACAUUCCUGGCUGCUAAGAGAGACUGUGAGCCUUUUUCCAAGCCAUAACAAGAAGAAAAUACUAACAAAAGAUAGUAAAUAAGUAGCGCAUGACUCUGGAAGCAUUCGGCCAUGCAGUUGCUGAUAAUAAUAAUAAUAAUAAUAAGCUGUGAUUGAUGACUUCUUUUGAUAUGAAAUCUUUGGCAAUAUAUUCUAUUGAUAUGUUAUCACCUUGUGGUUUUUUUGUACAUUGUGAAUGUUGGUGUCAUGUGUGGAGGUUGAUGUUGUUUGAAAUGAAUAUACACUGGUCUGUUCUAGCACACACUCAUCAUAUUAAUCCUCAUAAUUAUCAUGGAAGUCUUUUUUCCUCUGCACGUGCCGGCCAACAGGAAAGACUUGCCUUAAGAAGCCGCCAUGCAUAAUAAGUCAGAAUAAUGAUCAAUCAGGACAAGGGUGUGUUCCUUAUUUAUGUCGACUACUGAAGCGCCACAAACCUGCCAAAUGUUCCCAGGCAUGACCUGAACUUGACUAACUCCAUGUUCCUCUCUUCCUUCCCGCCAAUAAAAUGUCAAUCAUUAUUGUUUUGGGUCUUGUCUAUCUUCACGCGCCACAGCAAUGUGGACUAGCAUGACGCCGAAAGGAAAAUAAAAACUUUUCCAGA